GGGAAUUCAGUAAACGUCUGAUGAACCCUAGCUUUUGUAAGAGGAUUAAUUUUUUUCUCUUCUUCCUUUUCUUUCUUUCUCAAACACUGCGGCUGCGUGUGGGGCUCUUCUAUCUUAUUAGUGCGCGGUUGAUCGUCCACCGUUUUCCGACCGAUCGUCGGCCGUCCCUUUUACGGUAGCCACUUCUCUCCAGCUAGAAUCCUUGUAGCAUUUGUUUGAAAGAAAAGAUAUGGAUACCCUGUUCUGGAAAUUAUAGGAACCAUAUUGCUGAUUCCGGGAAUGCCAUUUGCAUGCUCACUGUUAUCAAACAAUCACUGAACAUCCUCGGAAGAAGUAGCUGGGGUAGCAUUCGCAGUAGCUCUCAGAUAGUCUCAAGAUUUUGUUCAUUUCCCAAACCAGCUUUACCAAUGGUUGAAUCUGAGACUAAGAAUCCAGAGAUGCAAAAGAAGGAGAAAGCCGAGGCGGCGCCUUCAUCAGAACCGAAGCAUCUUACUCCUGAAGAACUGGAGAGGAAGAAGAAGAAAGAAGAAAAGGCUAGAGAGAAAGAAUGGAAAAAGCUCAAGGCUGCGCAGAAAGCAGAAGCUGCUAAACUUCAGGCACAGCAGGCUUCCAAUGCUUCAAAAACAGGGAAGAAAAAGAGCUCAAGGAGAGAGGGUGUGGAAGAUAAUCCUGAGGAUUAUAUAGACCCAGAAACACCUUCGGGUGAGAAGAAACGACUCUCUCAGCGAAUGGCGAAAGCAUACAAUCCGAGUCUUGUAGAGAGUUCGUGGUACGAGUGGUGGGAGAAGUCAAACUUCUUUGUUGCAGAUGCAAAUAGUUCUAAGCCGCCUUUUGUGAUUGUUCUGCCACCACCAAAUGUGACUGGAGCCCUACAUAUAGGCCAUGCUCUUACUGCUGCUAUUCAGGAUACCAUUAUCCGCUGGCGUAGAAUGUCAGGGUACAAUACAUUGUGGGUUCCUGGCAUGGAUCAUGCCGGGAUUGCUACACAGGUAGUUGUUGAGAAGAAGCUUAAGCGGGAAUCGAACAAGACACGACACGAUUUUACUCGUGAGGAGUUUAUUGAUAAAGUAUGGAAGUGGAAAGAUGAAUAUGGUGGCACUAUACUGAAGCAAUUGAGAUGCCUAGGAGCUUCUCUCGACUGGUCUCGCGAGUGUUUCACCAUGGAUGAGCCCAGAUCGAGAGCUGUAACUGAAGCCUUCGUUCGGAUGUAUGAAGGUGGUCUCAUAUAUAGGGAUCUUCGGCUUGUGAACUGGGAUUGCAUAUUGCGUACUGCAAUAUCUGAUAUUGAGGUGGACUACAAGGAUAUAAAGGGGAGAGAACUGUUGAAGGUUCCGAAUUACAGAAAUCCCGUGGAGUUUGGUGUUCUCACAUCCUUUGCUUAUCCCCUUGAAGGGGAUUUGGGUGAGAUAAUUGUAGCUACUACAAGGGUUGAGACUAUGCUGGGGGACACCGCCAUUGCCAUUCAUCCUGAUGAUAAGAGAUACCAGCAUCUUCAUGGAAAAUUUGCUAUUCACCCAUUUAAUGGAAGGAAGCUUCCUAUUGUGUGUGAUAAAAUUCUUGUUGACAUGAACUUUGGUACCGGUGCUGUUAAGAUAACUCCAGCCCAUGAUCCAAAUGAUUUUGAGGUUGGGAAGCGUCAUAAUCUAGAAUUUAUUAAUAUUUUUACUGAUGACGGCAUGAUAAACUGCAAUGGAGGCCAAGAAUUUACAGGUAUGCCGCGUUUUGAAGCUCGUGUAGCCAUAACUGAAGCUUUGAAGAAAAAGGGACUCUAUCGAGGUUCUAAAGAUAAUGAGAUGCGUCUCGGCGUUUGUUCUAGAAGCAAUGAUGUAGUGGAGCCCCUCAUAAAGCCUCAGUGGUAUGUCAACUGUGGAGAAAUGGCUAGGGAAGCUCUUGCCAUCAUUGAUGAGGAUAAUAGGAAAAUGGAAAUCCUUCCUAAACAGUAUAAUGCAGAAUGGAAAAGAUGGCUUGAGAAUAUUCGUGACUGGUGCAUCUCAAGGCAGCUUUGGUGGGGUCACCGGAUUCCGGCAUGGUAUGCAAAACUGGAGGAUGAUGAACAAAAAGAAAUUGGUUCGUAUACAGACCACUGGGUAGUUGCUCGAGAUUCUAAAGCGGCUGAAGAGGAGGCUAGGCGUAGAUUUCCGGGGAAGCAGUUCCAGUUGUCUCAGGAUCCUGAUGUGCUGGACACUUGGUUUUCUUCUGGUUUGUUUCCGUUGUCUGUUUUGGGAUGGCCAGAUGAUACUAAAGAUCUAAGGACAUUCUAUCCAACUUCUGUUCUUGAAACUGGUCAUGAUAUUCUCUUUUUCUGGGUGGCACGCAUGGUGAUGAUGGGAAUUAAGCUGGGGGGCGAUGUGCCCUUCAGACAGGUUUACUUGCAUCCGAUGAUCCGUGAUGCGCAUGGGCGAAAAAUGUCCAAGUCCUUAGGUAACGUUAUCGAUCCCCUGGAAGUGAUUAGAGGAAUAACACUAGAAGGUCUUCAUAAGAGACUUGAGGAUGGUAACUUGGAUCCUAAAGAAUUGAAAACAGCAAAAGAGGGACAGGUGAAAGAUUUUCCCAAUGGAAUUGCAGAAUGUGGUGCUGAUGCUCUUCGUUUUGCUCUCGUGUCUUACACAGCUCAGUCUGAUAAAAUCAAUUUAGACAUUCAACGUGUUGUUGGAUAUCGUCAGUGGUGUAACAAAUUAUGGAAUGCCAUUAGGUUUGCUAUGGGCAAACUAGGAGAUGACUACAUCCCUCCAGUUGAAGUAGUGCCCACAAACAUGCCAUUUAGCUGCCAAUGGAUUCUCGCAGUGCUGAACAAAGCCAUAUCUAAAACUGUCCUAUCUCUUGACACGUUUGAAUUCUCGGAUGCGGCGACAGCAGUAUAUCAUUGGUGGCAGUUUCAAUUGUGUGAUGUAUUUAUAGAAGCAAUCAAGCCAUAUUUUGCCAACAAUGAUGCAAAAUAUCUGGAAGAGAAAAAAUUUGCGCAAGACACUUUAUGGGUAUGCUUGGAUACUGGAUUAAAAUUACUUCAUCCAUUCAUGCCAUAUGUCACGGAAGAACUGUGGCAGCGGCUGCCUGCUGGAAGCAAUGGUGAAAGAAAAGAAUCCAUCAUGAUAUGCGAUUAUCCAGCAACUGUUCAGGCGUGGGCAAGUGAUGAUGUAGAAUCUGAAAUGGAGGUGGUUUUAUCGGCUGUGAGAUCCCUUAGGUCACUGCUGCCGAUAAAUGAAAAAACUGAAAGGCAUAAGGGAUACCUCCUCUGUCAAUCUGAUCGUGUAGCUGGCUUGCAAGGACGUGAGUUGGAGAUAUUGACUCUUGCAUCAUUAUCAUCGCUGGAAGUCUUAAGCGAGGCUGAGCGAGUGCCUAGUAGAUGUGCUGUAGAUGUUGUAGAUGAAACACUAUCUGUGUUUCUGGAGAUUAAAGGCCCUCUUAAUGCUGAUGCUGAACGUGAUAAGCUCGAGAAAAAGAUGGACGAGACACAGAAGCAACAAGAUGCUCUAGAGAAAACAGUGAACGCCCUAGGGUAUAAGGAGAAAGUACAGCCGCAUAUCCAUGUAGAGAAUGAAGAGAAGCUGGCCUCCCUUGAGCGUAAAAUCGAAUCUUUCAAGGCUGCGUUGCGUUAUCUGGAUCGCCAGUAGAGAGACAUUACAUGAUACGCCUCUGAAGGAGAGGAAAUUGUUCUUUACUUUUGGUUUUUGCUAACCGAAUUUUGGUUUAUUGGGGGUGUGGUGGUCUCCCUUUGUUCCAUAGUAUUUGAUUGUACCUUCUAAGCCGCAAAGAUUUUUAAUUAAACUGGAUACAGACAUACAGUUAGAUUGAAAUUUGAACUGUUGUAUUGUUUUCAAGCAUUGCGUUCGCCACCAUCUUUCAUAUUCUAAAGAAAAUUUGGUAAGUUAUAAUAUGAUUUGUGACAGUAAGAGAGAAUUUUUUUUUUGUUUUCGACAUAUCAAGUUACAAG